GUGUGUGUUUAGAACUCUCUCUCCCGUGGUGUGUGUGUUUAGAACUCUCUCCCGUGGUGUGUGUGUUUAGAACUCUCUCCCGUGGUGUGUGUGUUUAGAACUCUCUCCCGUGGUGUGUGUGUUUAGAACUCUCUCUCCCCCGGUGUGUGUUUAGAACUCUCUCCCGUGGUGUGUGUGUGUUUAGAACUCUCUCCCUUGGUGUUGUGUGUUUAGAACUCUGCGGUCACGUGACGCCGAGCAGGCUGUUUCCGGGUUUGUUUUGUAUUAGCGUGCACGCGCAUGGCCGCGCGCUGGGCUGGGAGCCGUUAUUUCCUCGGGCUGGUUCCGCGCGGGUUCCGGCUGCUGCUGGCGGCGGUUGUGAUGAGGCGCGUGGUGUCCGGGCCCGCGGGCCGCAGUCUGGCCUCCCUGCAGUUCGAUAACCUGGCCCUGCGCUCGCUGCCCGUGGAGGCCGGGGAGGGCACGGAGGAGGAGGCCCGGCGGUCGCGGUCGGUUCCCGGGGCGUGCUUCUCCCGGGUGCGGCCUAGCGCAGUGUCCAACCCCCGCGUGGUGGCGCUGUCCCGCUCCGCGCUGGCUCUGCUGGGGCUGCCGGAAGGGGAGGAGCCUGGACCGGAAGUGGCUGAGUUCCUGAGCGGGAACCGCGUGUUCCAGGGCGCGGAGCCGGCUGCUCACUGCUACUGCGGACACCAGUUCGGCAGCUUCGCCGGCCAGCUCGGGGACGGGGCCGCCAUGUACUUGGGAGAGGUGCUGAACCCGGCCGGCGAGCGCUGGGAGAUCCAGCUGAAAGGAGCCGGACUCACCCCAUUCUCCAGGCAAGCCGCUGUAACUACCAUAACCACUACAAUGUGUCACAGUGGAUAUGGUGCCAGGCGUCCCCUGUCACCAUCCCGCUGUCAUUAACCAAACUGUACCAUAUAUACUACAAUGUGUCACAGUGGUUAUGGUGCCAGGAGUCCCCUGUCACCAUCCCGCUGUCAUUAACCAAACUGUUCUAUAAAUACUACAAUGUGUCACAGUGGUUAUGGUGUCAGGCGUCCCCUGUCACCAUCCCGCCGUCAUUAACCAAACUGUUCUAUAAAUACUACAAUGUGUCACAGUGGUUAUGGUGUCAGGCGUCCCCUGUCACCAUCCCGCCGUCAUUAACCAAACUGUUCUAUAAAUACUACAAUGUGUCACAGUGGUUAUGGUGUCAGGCGUCCCCUGUCACCAUCCCGCCGUCAUUAACCAAACUGUUCUAUAAAUACUACAAUGUGUCACAGUGGUUAUGGUGUCAGGCGUCCCCUGUCACCAUCCCGCCGUCAUUAACCAAACUGUUCUAUAAAUACUACAAUGUGUCACAGUGGUUAUGGUGCCAGGAGUCCCCUGUUACCAUCCUACUGUCAUUAAAGGACCACUCUAGGCACCCAGACCACUUCAGCUUAAUGAAGUGGUCUGGGUGCCAGGUCCUUCUAGGGUUAACCCAUUUUUUCAUAAACAUAUGAAAAAUGUUUAUGUUUAUAUGUUUAUAUGUUUAUGAAUGGGUUAAGCCUUCCCCCAUUCCCUCUAGUGGCUGUCUCAUUGACAGCCACUAGAGGCGCUUGCGUGCUUCUCACUGUGAUUUUCACAGUGAGAGCACGCCAGCGUCCAUAGGAAAGCAUUAUGAAUGCUUUCCUAUGUGACCGGCUGAAUGCGCGCGCAGCUCUUGCCGCGCGUGCGCAUUCAGCCGACGGGGCGGAUCGGAGGAGGAGAGGAGGCAGAGAGCUCCCCGCCCAGCGCUGGAAAAAGGUAAGUUUUUACCCCUUUCCUCUCCCCAGAGCCGGGCGGGAGGGGGUCCCUGAGGGUUGGGGCACCCUCAGGGCACUAUAGUGCCAGGAAAACGAGUAUGUUUUCCUGUCACUAUAGUGGUCCUUUAACCAAACUGUUCUAUAAAUACUACAAUGUGUCACAGUGGUUAUGGUGCCAGGUGUCCCCUGUCACCAUCCCGCCGUCAUUAACCAAACUGUACCAUAAAUACUACAAUGUGUCACAGUGGUUAUGGUGCCAGGAGUCCCCUGUUACCAUCCCGCAGUCAGUAACCAAACUGUUCUAUAAAUACUACAGUCCCCUCAGACCAGGAGCAACACCGAUUGCCGGCGGGGGAAGUAGUCAGUACUAAGGAAUACCGUGGAUUUUGUCGGACGUACCUAGUACGUCCGCGGUCCUUAAGGAAUUAAAGGAACUUAACAUGUAUAGCUUGGAUGAAAGACGAGACAGGGGGGAUAUGAUAGAAACAUUUAAAUAUAUAAAGGGAAUCACAGUAAAGGAGGAGACUAUAUUUAAAAGAAGAAAAACUACCACAACAAGAGGACAUAGUCUUAAAUUAGAGGGACAAAGGUUUAAAAAUAAUAUCAGGAAGUAUUACUUUACUGAGAGGGUAGUGGAUGCAUGGAAUAGCCUUCCAGCUGAAGUGGUGGAGGUUAACACAGUAAAGGAGUUUAAGCAUGCGUGGGAUAGGCAUAAGGCUAUCCUAACUAUAAGAUAAGGCCAGGGACUAAUGAAAGUAUUUAGAAAAUUGGGCAGACUAGAUGGGCCGAAUGGUUCUUUUCUGCUGUCACAUUCUAUGUUUCUAUGUAAGCUCCCUCUGCACUGGGUCGGUCUUUCUGAUAGCGAGUGCUGCUUGCGCUUUAGGCUUUCCCCAUAGGAAAACAAAGACUCAGUGCUUUCCUGUGGGAAUUUCCAAGACACUGGAAGUCAUCUCAUGCAAAGUGUGAGUAUGUCCAAUGUCGUUUCAUGGAGUUAAACUCUGUGAAAAGCCAUUAAGUUCCUCUAGUGGCUGUCUGGUAAACAGCCACUAGAGGCAGUCUCAUUUAAGUGGUCUGGGUGCACUGUCCAUGUCAGUUUAUCCCUGUAAUUGUAAUUGUUGCAGUUAAUAAAAACUGGAAUAAUUACAUUGCUGGAUUAAAUUUACUGGACAGCCACAAGGCACUUCCAGGUUGUUGUUUUUUGGUCGCCUAAUUGACCCUGGACGUCCUCACGCUAUGCAUGAGGACAUUCAGCGUCAGCUGCAAACCCAUAGAAAAGCAUUGAUCAAUGCUUUUCUGUGGGGGGGGGGAGGGAGGGGGGAGAGGGUGAAACUCUAAGGUACUGCACCAAGACUACUUCAAUGAGAUUAAGUGGUCUGGGUGCCUGUAGUGUCCCUUUAGUGGGGUUAACACAAUAUGGGGGGAGAGUUAACAAAUGAUGUUAAGUAUACAUGUAUACAUUUGGACAAUCCACAGUGACAACAAAUAGGAAGCAAAAUCUAAUUUAAAUCUGUGUAAAUUUAAUCUGUUGCAGCAUAGUCAUACAACUACUGACCACCAGGGGGCAGGCAGAUGAUGCUAUUAAACCAAAGUUGUAGUCUGUCAUUGGUAAUCUCUGACUACAGUUACAAACAUGUGUCUCUUCACAAUUUUAGCAGGUCUCUGUUGUUUGUAGCAAGUACAAUAUAUUUGGACUUCAUUUACAUUUGCAAAAUAAAUUGUUCUCUGUAUCAACGUUGCAGUCCCCAGUAUAGCUGAGAUCCAGUGGCAUUGUAAGAGUCUAAUGAAGAUACUUUGCAGAAAUAUUAUAUUGUAGCUGAAUGUUGGGUCACUGCUAAAUUUACAGUUCAACACUGGCUCGUCUCCAAGAUAAUGCAAUGUACGAUGUUUGGGUUGCUAUCAACAAAGGUCAAGAAUCAUCAUAAAUUAUGUCUGCACUUAACGUAUAUUCACUAAAUACGGAACUGGAGACCGAACGGCAAAAUUGCUGUAUGUAUACCAUGUUUAUGCAGAGAUCCUACAAAGGGAAUGCCAGAAUCCUCCCGCCAGUCUUAGCGAGUGAAGUCAGAUAGAUAUAUCUUUAUGUAUCCAUUAGAAAAGAGGCGCAGGCGACUGGCUUGGCAUUGAUGAGGGGAGUCAACAUCUGACAUAUUUUGUGCUGCAAAUCAUGUUGUUAAAGUGCUUCUGUGUUAAGAUGGCAGACAAUAAAUUGAGGAUUUUUUGAGGCUUUAUUACCUUUCUUCCAUUUUCUUUUCUUGCUGUUGAAUAUUUGGAUUACACCCUUGUAUGGAAGGUUUUUAGUGAGAUUUUGCUUUCUGAUUAGCAGUUUUACUUAAAAACACUGUGGACAAGGUCUGUCACCGAAACAUGGGCAGUGGGGUUUACAUCUGCUACUGUAUAAAGCGAUUUAUUUAUCAAUACUGCUAUAUCUUUUUUGCUAAAUUUUUUUUUUUUAAAGCCAAAAAUGACACCUUUUAUAAAUGUAAUUUUUGGCUUUUUUCACGUCAGUUCAAAUCCACCACCUCAGAUAGCUCGGGUUUAUCCCUAUUUAACACAAAAUGCAACUAAAGUGCUUGUUCUUCUCCUGCCCUACCUCCUCUGUCUGUCAAUGUGUAAGGAUAGUAAAUAUUGAUUUUGAAUCCAUGACUGUCUCUUUGCAGGCAAGCUGAUGGGAGGAAGGUUCUGAGAUCGAGUAUAAGGGAAUUCCUCUGCAGUGAAGCCGUGCAUCACCUGGGGAUUCCGACCACACGAGCUGGAUCCUGUGUGACAUCGGACUCCACCGUCACCAGAGAUAUUUUUUAUGAUGGAAACCCAAAGGAAGAAAACUGUACUAUAGUUUUACGCAUCGCUCCUACAUUUCUUAGGUAAUUUAGCUUUUCCUUUUAAAUCACUCAUCUUUUGCAUUUCUUUGUUAAACCACAUUGAAUUGGCCCAAGCUGGGUGAGUAAAACACCAUUCAUAGAGGCACUCCAGGCUAAAUUCCCCAUUUACAAGUCCAAACAGUGCCCCAGUCUUGCUGAUUUAUAGGUUUUGUGCUCCAGAAUCUGUGAAAGAAGUAGUUUGAGUGAGUGAGUGUGUGUGCUAAUUUCCCACAGGGAUCCCUAUUAUUGUUUUAGCAAGGACUCAAAAGAAGGAAACUUUAAAGUGACACUAUGGGCAUCAAAACAACUUUAGCUUAAUGACGUUAAUGAGUCCAUUAGAUCAUUCCCCUGCAGUCUCACAGCUCAAGUCUCUGCUAUUUAGGAGUUAGAUCACCAAUGUUUCUGUUUAUGCAGCCCUAGUCACACCUCCCCCGGUUUCAUUUUCAAUCAGAUGUUAACUUGCCUGAGACAUUUUUUUUUCUCCUGCUAAGUUGAUUGAACUUCAGUCACACAAAGUAGCUCCUGCAGGAUCUAGAAGGCUAUUAAAGGACCACUUUAGGCACCCAGACCACUUCAGCUUAAUGAAGUGGUCUGGGUGCCUGGUCCAGCUAGGGUUAACCCAUUAUUUUAUAAACAUAGCAGUUUCAGAGAAACUGCUAUGUUUAUGAAUGGGUUAAGCCUUCCCCCAUUCCCUCUAGCGGCUGUCUCAUUGACAGCCGCUAGAGGCGCUUGCGUGCUUCUCACUGUGAUUUUCACAGUGAGAGCACGCCAGCGUCCAUAGGAAAGCAUUAUGAAUGCUUUCCUAUGUGACCGGCUGAAUGCGUGCGCAGCUCUUGCUGCGCGUGUGCAUUCAGCCAACGGGGAGGAGAAGAGGAGGAUCGGAGGAGGAGAGCUCCCCGCCCAGCGCUGGAAAAAGGUAAGUUUUUACCCCUUUUCCCCUUCCAGAGCCAGGCGGGUGGGGGCACCCUCAGGGCACUAUAGUGCCAGGAAAACGAGUAUGUUUUCCUGGCACUAUAGUGGUCCUUUAACAGAGCAAGAGAUAAUUCUAAAUCAAACAGACUGUGCAAUAAAAUAAGUUUAAACAUUAGAUUUCACUUUACAGGAAGUGUUUGGAAAGCUGUUCAAGCCACUUACAGGGAGGUGUAUCUUGGACUGUAUAAACAAAGUGAUUAAACUCUUAAAUGGCAGAGAAUUGAGCAGUGAGACUUCAGAGUUAUAAUCUAUACACAGAAACUGCUUAAUUUAGCUAACGUAUUUUGGUGCAUACAUAUAGUGUCCCUUUUUAACUUUCUCAAGUGCAGCUGCAUUGCUCUAGUUUAAGCAACCAUUAUUUUGAUUCAAGUACAACAUUUAGAGUUAGGAUUUUUUGUUUGUUUUUUGUCUCGGCAUUCUUGACUGCUGUUCCUCAAAUCUGUGUGCCGAUAGUGUUUCUGCUUAACCAAAGAACAUCUUGUUCAGUUUCUCAGUAAGUGAUUUGCAUUUUUCUUUUCAACAGAUUUGGCUCUUUUGAAAUAUUCAAGGAAACUGAUGAAUUUACAGGCAGAAGGGGUCCUAGCGUCAACAGAAAUGACAUUCGCAUCCAAAUGAUUGAUUAUGUUAUCAGUACGUUCUAUCCAGACAUUCAGAAUACACAUGCAGAGCACAAGAUUGAACGAAAUGCUGCUUUCUUCAGAGAGGUAGAGUAUUUAUAUGUGGGACAGCUGGUAAAAGUAACAAAUUUUUUUUUUUUUUUUUUUUUAUCAAAUACCCCACAGGUGAUAUGCACAGUAACAGAUGAGUGAGUAUCAAGGCUGUUAGGGAAUGGCAGGACAUAGCAGCGGAAACACCACGUAUUGCUGCACAUAAACAGAGUUUGAUUCUGUCACGCAAAUCUGCUGAUGAAAUUCUGGUCUGUUCCAUAUGAGUUAUUCUCUACAGUUUGCGGAGUGCUGCCUUAGUGCACGUGUAGAAGCUGCUUAAACCUCCAAGUUGCAGUUUUAAAACUCGAAAUGUUGAAUUUAGUCUUCAUACUUUUAAGACUAAUAAAAUGGGUAACUCUAGAUUGUCAGCAAUGUUUAUUAGGACAUAUUUGCAAAUGGGGAAACUCUUUUAUAUUGUUCUGAGUAUAAUACUUUCCGUAAUGUACAAUUUAAAUAAAAUGUCCUUAUGUAAGAAAAACAAGAAAACUCCAUACUGUUCAUGAAUGUAAUGAAUUCCAAUUCUGAUUUUUAUGAAAUUAGCAUUUAAAAGAUAACAUAGAAACAUAGAAUGUGAUGGCAGACAAGAACCACUCGGCCCAUUUAGUCUGCCCAAUUUUCUAAAUACUUUCAUCAUGUGAGCAAGAUAUUACUUUGCUGCAGAGGGAUUUAGACUGGGGGACUGGGCACUCAAAUGGCAGAUAAAAUCUAAUGUUGAAAAAUGCAAAGUUAUGCAUUUCGGCGUAAAGAAUACACAAGCAACGUAUACCCUUAAAGGAAGCGAUUUAGGGAUAACAACACACGAAAAGUACUUGGGAAUUGUUAUAGACAACAAACUAUGCAACAAUGUGCAAUGUCAACCAGCAGUGGCUAAGGCCAGUAAGGUAUUGUCAUGCAUGAAAAAGGGGAUUCGUUCUCGGGAUGAGAAUAUCAUUUUGCCUCUUUAUAAAUCACUGGUAAGACCACAUAUUGAAUAUGCUGUGCAAUAUUGGGCACCUGUUCUAAAGAAGGAUAUUAUGGCAGUAGAAAAAGUGCAGAGGGGGGCUACAAAAUUAAUAAAAGGAAUGGAACAUAUCAGCUAUGAAGAAAGGUUAACAAAUUUAAACCUUUUUAGUUUAGAAAAACGUCGCCUUAGAGGGGAUAUGAUAACAUUAUACAAGUAUAUUCGGGGCCAAUACAAACCAUUGUGUGGAAAUCUGUUCACAAACCGGACUUUACAUAGGACAUGCGGUCAUGCGUUUCGACUGGAAGUAUGAAGAUUUCGUCCAAGGCAAAGGAAAGGUUUUUUUACUGUAAGAACAGCAUGUGGCAUUCUCUGCCUGGAGAAGUGGUUUUAUCAGAGUCCAUACAGAUGUUCAAACAGCUACUAGAUGCAUGCUUGCAAAAACAGAAUAUUCAAGGAUAUAAUUUUUCAAUGUUAGGUAAUAGCUGCUUGAUCCAAGGAUAAAUCUGAGUGCCAUUCUGGGGUCAAGAAGGAUUCCCCUAGUUUGUUGCAAAAUUGGAAGUGCUUCAAACUGGAUUUUUUGCCUUCUUCUGGAUCAACAGCAAAAAACAAAUGUGAGGAAGGCUGAACUUGAUGGAUGCAAGUCUCUUUUCAGCUAUGUAACUAUGUAAUUAUUUCCUGGCCUUAUCUUAAGUCUAGGAUAGCCUUACGCCUAUCCCACGCAUGCUUAAACUCCCUCACUAUGUCAUCCUCUACCACUUCAACUGGAAGGCUAUGCCAUGCACCCACUACCCUCUGAGUAAAGUAAUACUUCCUGAUAUUAUUUGUAAACCUUUGCCACUCUAAUUUCACUAUGCUUGUUGUGGUAGUUCUCCUUCUUUUAAAUAUAGUCUCCUCCUUUUACUGUGUUGAUUCCCUUUAUAUAUUUAAAUGUUUCUAUCAUAUCCCCCCCUGUCUCGUAUUUCCUCCAAGCUAUACAUGUUAAGAUCCUUUAACUCCUUAAGGACCGCGGACGUACUAGGUACGUCCGACAAAAUCCACGGUAUUCCUUAGUACUUACUACUUCCCCCACCGGCGAUCGGUGUUGCUCCUGGUCUGGGGGGACUGCCUGAUAGACCAGACAGUCCCCCCAUAGCAAAUUAGGAACCUGCGGGCCAUGUGAUCGUUCUGAAAUGUGUGUGUGUGUGUGUGUGUAUAUAUAUAUGUAUAUGUAUAUAUGUGUGUGUGUGUGUGUGUAUAUAUAUAUAUAUAUAUAUAUAUAUAUAUGUGUGUGUGUAUAUAUGUAUGUCAUACUAAGUGUAUUUUUGUAUAAAUUUUUUUAUAUACACUUAUAAUUAAAUUACACACGUGUGUGUGUGUGUGUGUGUAUAUAUAUAUAUAUUAUAAAAUAUAAAUAAGUAAAUAAAAAAAUGUAAAAAUAAUUUAAAAAAAUAUUUAAAUAUAUGUAAUUUUAUUCUAACUGUAUUAAUAUAUAUUUAUAUCAAAAUACACUGGUAUAUAUAAAAUUUCGUUCUAUGUAUAUAGAAAUAAAUAUAAUACGAAAUAUAUAUCCAUAUACAUAUUUACAUAAAUAAUUUCAUAAAUAUGCACGUAGACUUCAAAUAUAUAAAUAUGUAUAUAAUUUUAAAUUCUAUGUGCAUAUUUAUAUAAUAUUUUUACAUAAUUAAGUAAUUUUAUUGAUUGCAAUUUGGGGGACCUGCCUGACAACCGGGCCGAAAGUCCAGGGAAUUUAAUUUGCUAGCACUGUAUUUAACCCUGUAACUUUCCAUGACACCCUAAAACCUGUACAUGGGGAGUACUGUUAUACUCGAGAGACUUCGCUGAACACAAAUAUUAGUGUUUCAAAACAGUAAAACAUAUCACAGCGAUGAUAUUGUCAGUGAAAGUGCAGUUUUUUGCAUUUUUCACACACAAACGGCACUUUCAAUGAUAAAAUCAUUAUUGUGAUACGUUUUACUGUUUUGAAACUCUAAUAUUUGUGUUCAGUGAAGUCUCCCGAGUAUAAUAGUACCCCCAAUGUACAGGUUUAUAGUAUUUUUGAAAGUUACAGGAUCAAAUAUAAGGCUAGAUUUUUUCCAUUUUUUCACAUUGAAAUUUGCCAGAUUGGUUAUGUUGCUUUUGAGACCCUAUGGUAGCCCAGGAAUGAAAAUUAACCCCACAAUGGCAUACCAUUUGGAAAAAGAAGACAACCCAAGGUAUUGCAAAUGAGGUAUAUUCAGUCUUUUUUAGUAGCCACUUAGUCACAAACACUGGCCAAAUGUAGCGUUCAUAAUAGUUUUUUUGCAUUUUUAACACACAAACAAAUAUAAAUGCUAACUUUGGCCAGUGUUUGUGAUUAAGUGGCUACUAAAAAAGACUGGACAUACCCCAUAUUGAAUACCCUGGGUUGUCUACUAUAAAAAAAAAAUGUACAUGUGAGGUGUGAUUCAGAGAUUUAUGACAGAUAAGUGUUACAAUGUCACUAUUGAUAAAUUUUUAAAAAUAUAUACUUUGAAACAGCAAUGUUCUACUUGUACUUAUAGCCCUAUAAUUUGCAAAAAGAAAAGCUAAGAACACAUUAACAUUGGGUAUUUCUAAACUCAAGACAAAAUUUAGCAAUUAUUUAGCACGAGGUGUUUUUUGGCGGUUGUAGAUGUGUAACAGAUUUUGGGGGUCAAAGUUAGAAAAGGUGUUUUUUUUUUUUUUAUAUUUUUUUAUAGUAAAUUACAUGAUAUGAUGAAAAUAAUGGUUUCUUUAGAAAGACCAUUUAAUGGCUAGAAAAACAGUUAAACUCAAACACCGCAGAAAUAUAAAAACAGCCCUUGUCCUUAACGGUAGGAAAAUUGAAAAACCGUCUGGUCACCUUUACUGGUAAGUUUUAUCCUGCAAUCCAUGAACUAGUUUAGACACAGUUUGCAGAUGUAGUCGAUGGAAUGACAGGGGCUACGAGGGAUAGCUUUGGGUAAGUAUAUCUUUGUGCACCGAAUCCCUGGACCACUGCACACUAAGAGGCAAUGUCGUCAUUGGGCGUCUUUGCAAAAUGUGCAAACCCCCCAGAAUGUGACAGAGCCAUUUUAAUCAGCAGUUUAAUCUUUGCCGAUCUUUCAAUACUUUAUUUUUGUUUCUAGAAUUUGUAUCAAACAAUCUUAUUCAUGGCUUUUUCUUUCUGUUCUAUCAGAUAACCAGGAGGACUGCCAGGCUUGUUGCAGAGUGGCAGUGUGUUGGAUUUUGCCAUGGCGUGUUAAAUACUGAUAACAUGAGCAUUGUUGGGAUUACUAUUGAUUAUGGUCCAUAUGGAUUCAUGGACAGGUCAGUAUUGCAUUGGCAAACCUUCUAAACUAUGUCUUAGUUUGUAAAUUGUGUGAAAUCGGCUUUUGUUAAAAUAUCAUAUUACAUUUGAUUUUGAAUAAAUGCAGAAGCUUGCAUUUGUGAUCCCCGCAAAAAGUACAAUUUUCUAAAUCUAUGCCAUAGAGGUUAAAGUAACAUUGUAAGAUUAGGAAUACAAACAUGUAUUCCACAUGUAUGCCCUUAGCUAUGUAUGCGUUCUAGGAGUAGUAUUUGAUUGUGAGCCAUCCUUGACUCAGAUCUCACAUGGAAGCACCUCUAGUGGAUGUCAGUAUAACAGCUGCUAGAGGAGUGUUUCACCCUUCAAAAGAAACAUUGCGGUUUCUACAAAACUUAUGUUUUACAUUGCUAGGUAAAAUAUAAAGGACCAUUGAACCUGGGCCACUUCACCAAGAAUACUUCACUGAGAGGAAGUGGUAUAACCUUAUUGGCCCUUUAAAGGGUCACUAUAGGCAUCAAAACAACUUUAGCUUAAAUGCAGUUUUAGUGUAUAGAUCAUGCCCCUGCAGUCUCACUGCUCAGUUCUCUGCCAUUUAGGACUUAGAGCACCUUUGUUUCUGUUUAUGCAACCCUAGCCUCCCCUCCCCUGUGACUCACAGCCUGCAUUAAAAAAGGGUUUCAUUUUCAACCAGCUGUUACUUGCUUUAGUAGUUUUUAUCUCCUGCGCUGUAAAUUGAACUUUAAUCACACGCUGGAGGCUCCUGAAGUGUCUAAUAGACUAUUAAUAAAACAAAAGAUAAAAAAAAGUCUAAAUUAAACAGAAUGUGCUAUAAAGGAAGUUUAAACUUUAGAUUUCUCUUGUUUAGGAAGAUUGUGCAACUCACAUGCUAGAGUUGUAUGAUCAAGGUGAUUUAACUCUUAAAUGGUAGAGAAUUGAGCAGUGAGACUGCAGAGGCAUGAUCUAUGCACCAAAACUGCUUCUUUAAGCUAAAGUUGAUUUGGCGAUUAUAGUGUCCCUUUAAUUUAAAAAAAACAUUUCCAGAAACUUUGUGUUUAUUUUAAACACACUGACUUUGUCUAUUUUAAACAUACUGACUUUUUGCUCUUUAUAAAUAUAUAGUUAAUACAUUGCUAAACAAAAAAUACACACACCAUUCAAGCCUUAAGGCUUGAGACUUGCUUUUCCCACAGAAAUCUCACUUUACAGUGCUCUCACUACUGCAAGGGAUUCUGGGUAGGCGUAUGCAAAUGAGCUCAACAAAGAACCACAUUUUUGCCUCAAUUCCACUGUAUACAUGGAUUCAUUUGCAUACGUCUACUCAGAAUCCUUUGCAGUAGUGCAUCUCUGACUGGAUGUCCUCACGCUUUCUGAAACUUAACUUCUCUAAAACUGAACUCCUUGUCUUUCCUCCUCCUUAUACUGAUCCUCCUCUCUCGCUCUCCCUUCAACUCAGUGAUAUCCACAUAAGUCCAUCCCUGCAAGCGCGCUGUCUUGGCGUCAUACUUGACUCUGGUCUCACCUUUGAGCCUCACAUCCAGUUUGUUGCCAAGUCCUGUAGGUUCCAACUCAAAAACAUAGCCCGCAUUCGCCCCUUUCUUACGCAAGAUGCUACCAAGGAGCUUGUCCAUGCUCUAGUAAUUUCCCGCAUGGAUUACUGUAACCCUCUCCUGAUUGGUCUCCCCAAAAGCCGUAUUGCCCCGCUACAGUCUGUCAUGAAUGCUGCAGCUAGACUGAUCUUCCUCUCUAGUCGGUCCUCUCACACCUCACCCCUCUGCCAGUCCUUACAUUGGCUCCCUGUAUGCUAUAGGAGUCAAUUCAAAGUGCUAACCCACACAUUUAAAGCACUGAACAAUUCUAGCCCCACUUAUAUCUCUUCACUAAUCCAUAGAUAUGCCCCUCCUCGUACCCUCCGCUCUGCCCGUGACCACCUCCUGACCGCUGCUCGCACCCGUACGGCCAACUCGCGCUUGCAGGACCUCUCGCGGGUGGCUCCUCUCCUAUGGAAUAGCUUGCCUACUGCCAUCAGACUCUCCCCUAGUCUUCAAUCAUUUAAGAAGGGCCUUAAAACCCAUCUUCAGGAAAGCGUAUGGCCUCCCAGAGUAAUCUCUACCUUACAUACCUGUCUCCUGCUCUCUCCUCCAGCUCUGCUUCACUCCUACUUGAUAUUUCUUGUCCUAAUGUUUCUAAUACCCCACCUCCUAUAGUCUGUAAGUUUGAGCAUGGUCCUCUUCAACCUAUUGUUCCUGUAAGUUUUCUUGUAAUUGUCCUAUUUAUUGUUACAUCCCCCCUCUCAAAAUAUUGUAAAGCACUACGGAAUCUGUUGGCGCUAUAUAAAUGAUGAUGAUGCUGAUAAUAAUAAUAAUAAUAGUGAGAGCACUGUUAAAGUGAGAUUUCUGUGGAAAAGGAAGUCUUAUGGCUUGACUGGUGUGUGUAUUUGUGUUUAGCAAUGUAUUAGCUAUCCACUUACUUAAGGUGGAAGGGGUUUUCAUCCACACUUUUUUCCCCACCACAACUCUUUUGGUAUGAUAUAUGUUUGUGUGUGUAGGUUACAUUUUGUGAAAUGUAACCUUAAAUAAAUGCACAAAUAACGUACAUUAAUUUAUCAAACUAGUACUAGUUUCCUACCUUUUUAUAAAAUGUAUAAAACCCAACGGGUGUAUUAAGAGAUAUUGUCACCAUUGUUCAAGUUUGCAUAACCUAGUUACAUAAGCUGAAAAGAGACAGGAGUCCAUCAAGUUCAGCCUUUCUCACAUUUGUUUUCGCAAAAAACAAACAAACCCUACUUUGAAGCGCUUCCAAUUUUGCAACAAACUAUGAAAAUAUUAUGUUUCUGCAAGAAUUUAUCCAAUUGCUGUUUAAACAGAGAAUUCGACUUCUUUAUAAUUCUUACUGUAGAAACACCUUUUCCUUAGAUUAAAUUUCCUUUCUUCCAUUCUAAAUGUGUGAUGUUAUCCUAUGUAUAGCCUUGUUUAUGAAUAGAAAUCCAGACAAUGGUUUGUAUUGGCCCUGAAUAUGUUUGUAUAAUGCUAUCAUAUCCCCUCUGAGGUGCUGCUUUUCCCAUCUAGAGAGAUCUAAUUUGUUACCCUCUCUUAAUAACUAAAAUGUUCCAUUCCUUUUAUCAAUUUUGUAGCCCGACUCUGCACUAUUUCUAUUGCCAUAAUUUCCUUCUUUAUAACAGGUGCCCAAAAUCGCACAGCGUAUUCAAGGGGGUAAGUGUACAGACUGUCAGUAACUCAGAUGUAACAGUUCCUCUUUUUUAUUAAUUUUUCUUUCCCGCCAUUGGCCAAUGCAGGGAAGUGCCAGAGCUGUAACGAGAGUAGGCAGAUAAAUUCUGGAAAUAUGCAGUUAUGUUAGAAAUCCUGAUGAUGUAAAGUAACAGAGUUGACUUUUUCUUCUAUAUUCCACUUUGUGUUUUAGGUAUGAUCCAGAUCACAUUUGCAAUGGGUCUGAUAACAUGGGUCGUUAUGCCUACAACAAGCAACCAGAAAUCUGUAAGUGGAACUUAGGAAAGCUCGCUGAGUCACUGGUACCAGAGCUCCCGGUAGAAAUCAGUCAAAGUAUAAUUGAUGAGGAGUAUGAUUCCGAGUUCCAGAGGUGGUACAUGCAGAAGAUGCGAAAGAAGCUUGGCCUGAUUCAAGCAGAGCUCGAGGAGGACAGCAGUCUUAUCUCAGACCUGUUGGAAACCAUGAACAAAACAGGUAAUUCUGAUCUGCAACUUUUUCUGCUUUUAAAAAAUGGAUGGCAUAAAUAUACUAGAUAUAUUAAAUAACCUUGGAACUGUUCACCAGCUAAAUAUUGUGGUCUACAAUUUGCAAUACCGUUGGCUGCUCCAAAACUCUUCAUUUUGGGAAUAAGUGCCUCAUAUGUUGUUUACAGGUAUUUACAGAAAUCAGGUAAUUAAUCAGUUAUUUUGUUAAUCAUUAAAGGGGAAGUGAUCUUAAAAUGUAUUGUAGGUAUGCUUAUUUUAUGGGAAAAAUUUUUAACUCCAAACCUGUCUUUGGAAAAUCAUCAUUUUAUAAACAAAAAUUAACAUUCGACAUUCUAAAUGAUAAAUGAUUCGUCUUUGAACUCUUUAGGAGCAGAUUUUACAAAUACUUUCCGAGUGCUCAGCAAGUAUGCUGGGAAUUCCGUCAACGCAGAGGAUUUUCUAGAUAUUCUAACUGAGCAGUGCGCUUCCUUGGACGAGUUAAAGGUUGUGUUCAAACCCAAAAUGGAUCCAAGGUAUGUUAUAUCGGACGGGAAUAAUAUCAUGAGUUUCAAUUAAGAAUACAGUCUAGACUUGAAGUGUCUCCUUUUUUUUAUACAUUUUAUGGGUAAUUAUUAAAAGAAACCCCCCCUUUUUUUUAAAGUUCCCGUAUUUGUCGUGUUUCUUGUAUUGUAGGAGCUGGUAUAAUUUGCCAGUUUCUUGUUUUUUUUUGCACAAUAAUCUUUCAGAGACGGAUAACCUUGUUUUAAUAAUGCAAUGCUUUAGGUCAGUUUUGUGAUUGGAAGUUGAAGCAAUAAGACUAAGUGGUUACUACCCAACAAUCCAUCAGGUUUUUUUUUUUUUUUUUUGGAACUUUGUAAACAUAUGAAGUUUAUGAUAAAAAUCCCAAAACAAACCUAUAUUGACUCAUCUGUGCCUGUGUCUUGUCCAGACAACUGUCAGUGAUGCUGAUGUUGGCGCAGAGUAACCCUCAGUUAUUUGCUUUGAUUGGAACAAAAGCCAACAUAAGUAAGGAGCUUGAUCGUAUUGAACGCUACAAUAAACUGCAAGAGUCCAGUGAAGACCAGCUACUGAGUAAUAACCGUGCACUCUGGGGAGAAUGGCUUCGUAAGUACAGGUAUGUGAACUGCUACACUCUAAUCUGCACUGGUUGAAUUAUUCAGUGGUGGGAGAGUGCAACUUUCUUUUUAUUUCAAGUCCAUGGUAUUUACCAUUUCACUCAAUACCUCUAGCAGUCAAUAGCCUCUACAAUCCCCAAUUACAACCUUACUGGCAGUGAAAAUUGGAAACAUUUUUUUUUCCUUCUCCAUUUGGUGUUUGGUUUUUUAUUUUUGUUUUUUUGUUUUUUUUGCUGAUUUAGUUAUAUAUUUUAUGAAUCUGUAGAUUUAACCCAUGUCCUGAAUAGAACUCUAGAAGCUUGAGGACCUAUGUGCAUUAAGCUAAAUUAAAUCUGCUUCUUGUAUUUUUUUUAGCACUCGGUUGUCAAAAGACCAAGCAACUACUGGGGAUAAUGAUACAUUUGUGGCUGAACGUGUGAAAAUCAUGGACUCCAAUAAUCCGGCAUUUGUGCUCAGAAAUUAUAUUGCUCAAAACGCAAUUGAUGCAGCUGAGAAGGGAGAUUUCAGCGAGGUACAUAGUACAGCUAUACUGGUGACCCAUGUCCACAGCGUGCUGGUUUAAUCUAUAUUGAAUUGUGACAUUCCAUUGAUCUGCUAACUGUUAAAAUAGCAGUCUUAAGGCAAACAAGCCCUAUAUUACAAAGUCAAAGAUCGUAACUAUAUCUGAGCUAAUACACACUCUGAAUCUAGCCCAACUCACCUCAUCAUGGUACAUGUACAGCAGUGAUGCAGUUUAAAAAAUGUCGUUAAAAUUAUUUAGAGAGUCACCCUGCUGCCCUCAUUUAAUCAUGCAUAUUUCAUUCUGGUAUAUCUAUCAAAAGCUUCUGAUAUCUUGUCUGAAGCCUUCUAACUCAUCCAGACAAUCCUGAGUGUCCUUAUCCUGUUGCUGCAAAAAUAAAUUUUCAGCAAAUUAUUUGUUUUUUUUUCUUCCCAUUUUAUUUUUGGUAAUCCCUGCUUAGUGACCUUUUUUAUAAUCACAUUGACAGCAUUCCAUCUUAAAAAUGUUGUCAAAUGUCCCCAGUAACCAAAUUAGAAAAAUCACCCAACUCCACUAUUUAUAACAGAAAUCUCAACAUUAAUAUGUAGAUAUUUGUAAGCAAACCUACAACUCCCAAUGUUUUUAGAUGGUCAGAGAAUCAUGGUAGUUUUUAAAUUCAGCCAUGUUUUGGGGGCCAGAGUUUGAGAUGGCUCAUUUAUAAGCUUUUAAUUGUGUUCUUAUCCAGAAUCCAUUCUCUCUGAUCUGUGGAUUUCUUGGUUUCAUUCUGAGAUCUAAUUCUAAACACUGAGCUACUAUACAUGUAUUAUUAUUACCACAUCUAGUUUUCCCCAUAACUUCAUCCGCAAGUUUCUCUUUGUUGGUGUUGCAUUUAGUUGUGGUUGUGGGACAAAGAGAUUACACUGCAAUGUCAUUCUGGCGGCCACUACAGAUGUUAGGGAUACAAAUGUUGUGUUCCUAACAUUACUUUUUAUUUAAUAAAUUGCAGACAUUUCUGCACAUCGUUGCCUGGUAACCAUUAUCUUAAUAUAUAGUAUCUUGCAAAAAAUGUAAUCCUAAGAAAUGCAUAGCUGUUUCUAUGUUUAAAGCUUUUUAUCUGUACGUUUGUUUGAGAUAAUAUAGUAAAAAAUGCCAUGAAAUUUAAUACUAUAGAACAUAAGGAUAAUUCCCUGUUUUCUAACAAGUUAAUCUCAUGAAGAGAGCCUUUAUAAUGUUUGUUUCCAAAACAUCUCUGAACUAUAUUUAUUAAAUUCCAGCACCAGGUAUGCUGGUUCAUCUGGUUUUCUGUUUUUUACUUUGAGUUAGGUUUGCUGGUGGCAGAAACUAAAACUAAAUAGUUCUACACUUCGGAGAGUUAAUGGGACAUUAGAACUGACAGUUUUUUUGUGCAUUAUAUAAUACAUUAAAAAUAUAUACAAUACAAUUAGUCUUGACACUUAAGAGGUUCUACAACAAGCUAGAAAGUGACUCAACCAAUCCUAUCCUGCAGAGUUUAUCUAUCUGUAAGCUGUCCUUAAUUAAAAAGAAGAACUUCUAGAUUCUCAAAGGUCUUGAGACCUGAAACUGUAAACACGGCUUGUAAAGAAUCAUUGGAUUGGCGUAGUGCAGUCAUUGACACACAGAGACAGCAAGGAGCACCUGUAACGUUAAAAAUAAUGUAUUUAUUUUUACAGUUAGUGUUUCUUUUAAGCAGUAACUCUUAUUACUUUUAAUAUUAGCUAAUCUUUUCCUUAUUUAAUAAGUACUAUAGAGAGAUUUUAAUGGCAAUCAGAUGUAUGGCAUCACAACAGUCCCAUCAUGAUAUGUGAAGUCCCUUGAUAUAAAACAUUUAUGUGCCGUAUGCAUGUUUUCUAGGUACAGCGGGUAUUGAAAAUGUUGGAAAAUCCAUACGAUGUAGAAGUCUCUUUCCAACAAUCACCUGAUGAGGCAGGCGAUGAAGACCACCAUCCUGUUUCUGGAGCCGCUAGCAGUUCCUGCACUCUGCCCAAGAUCCCUUACACCAGCAAGCCCCCACCCUGGGCGUCUGAACUCUGCGUUACAUGAUCUUCAUAAUUCCUUGCUGUUUGUGCUCCACGGCUAAAAGGCAUGGAAGUCUUUUGGCAAUGGAAAUAUCAGCAAGGCCUUUGCGAGUAUUGUGUGGUUGCUAAACAUAUAUUUGGAUGCUUGUAUGAAUAUUUUUGGUGACGGUACAUAGAAAACCUUGCGUAUACCUGCAGUCAGGUAAUAUGGUCUAUUUACUGUGACCAGAGCUUGUACCCAUAGCCAGCGCAGUGUCCAAAUUUCACGUGUUUACGAAUGAAGGAAAAAAUAUAAAUUCAGAAAUCUGAAGUAUUUUGGCCUGAUGGCAGACCACUGGUAUUUGCAGAAACACGCACAAUGCGCACAAUUAAGCUUUCUGAUUUAUAUGCAUGUAGUUUUACAAUGGAGGAUGCUCUCUAGGAUGAGUAAAAUGUCUGAAUAAAAAAAUAUUUCAUAGGAAAUAUGGUGGUAAUAUUAACAACAAUAAAAAAGACUUCAUGGAGUCUUUUGAGUGUGGCCAGUGCUGGCACUUCAUGGGAUUAGAAACUGCUUUUUACAUAAUGCUGUGAUGGCUUCCAUUUUAUAUAUGGGCUGAAGUCCCUGCUAGUCACAUGCGCUGAGUGGUAUACAUCCAAGAGGGAAAAACACCCCCCACACUCUCUCUGUCUCAUAUGAUACAGAGUAGUAUCUGUUUCUUUAUUUAUACUUGCUGCUGUCUGAUAAGACUAUGGAAUGUUGAGCUAACAAAUACAAACAAAGCUAUUUAAAUGUAUAAUUAACAGAUUGCUAAAUAUUACAAAACAUUCUACAGCUUUGUUUAAUUUUCCUUGUUGAUAGCAUUACUUUUACACCUAUGUAUACAUGAAAUGAAACAAUUGCAAUUUAAAUUUUUAGGUCGAAUAACUGGAUGGAAAUUUUUCUCCAACUGUCUAUUUUUUGGGGGCUCUGCUGUUUUGGAAUAAAACAUGAACUCAAUUUGUCAAUUCUCCACAUUUCUUAGUCGAAUGAGUAAACCUUUGUCACAUUCAUUUUGAUUGUUUUUCCUCAGAACAAAAGGUACUUGGACUUAUCAUAUAUAUAUAUUAUAUAUAUAUUUUUUUUAAUAUUCUUUAUUUUUUCAGUGCAGUGCAUAAGCCAUACAUUACUAAACAGUAGUUGGAUAAUAAAAUGAACAAGUAUAGGAUGAAUGACAUUGGUACUUUGCACCAUUUUUUAUGUAUAUAACAGGCUAGCGUAUGCCUAGGUGCAGUUGUAGGUUACACAACUUGUGUAGUGUGUUCGAGUGUGUAGUGCUCCUACAUUGCUCCUAGUUGCCGAUGUCUCACUAUGCCGUAUCUGGAGACUCUGCAUGUGUGUGUGCGUGGUAGUGUGAGGUGAGGAUGCGGUGAUUGCAUAGAAGAUUGUAAGCCCGUAUGUUUGAUGUUUAUGUGUAUGUAUGUGUUUAAGCGGAUUGAAUGAAGUUAGUCGUUAGUGCAGCUAUUCUAGUUCUAUUCUUUGAGUGCGGUUAAUUCUUGACCAAGGGAAUAGGGGGAGGGGGGAGGAGAGGACGCCUACGUUGCCCUUGUUUAUGUGUGGUGGAAUUAUCUGUUCCAGCUUUGGCUGUGUUAGUUCCGUGUGGGUAACCCCAAGCUGGGACUGUUUGAUUUUGAGCCGUGUUGCUAAUGUUGUUUCUUACAAUAUUUCCAUAUUAGGAGAGCAAAAAAAAAAAAAAAAAAGAAAAUAAACUAUUAAUUAAAUGGUUCUCCAUGCAGGCAAACAUCUGCAUGGAGAAUAGGCUUCUGACAGGGAUUCUGGACCCUAUGUCGAAUCAGUCCUAGCGUGUAUUCUUGCUGCUUGGGUGCUCCUGGACCUCGGGACAAAGGGGACUGUGUGUUCUGGGUCCCAAGUUGCAGUGGAGGGUCCUGGGGGGGGGGCUGGGGGGAGGGGGUUGGCUGGUGUUGGCUGUCAUGGGUGCCAGACCCAAUGCUUCCAGAAAUGUUGGCUAUUUCUUCCAUCAAGGUGAGCGUAUGUGGGAUUCCAUUUCUGGUCACUACCAGGGGUCUGUUCGUCCCCCACCUGUAGCUUAUAUCUGCUGAGCGAACUUGUCACCAGGUGAAAGGAUUUGCACCAGAGGAGGGUUGCUUUCAUUAAAUCCUGGUAGAACAUUAGGGAAGCCUCCCCGAAGGCUAAAGGUGUUUUGUCUUUGAGUGCCUAUGUGAUCUGAAUUAGGCAUGAGAGUUUGCCACAUUGGUCGGCGCUUUGGUGGGUCCAGGUAGGCGAUAUAUCCCUUUGAUAGUUUUCUUUGCUACAGUGUGAGACAGGAUGGAGGCCAAUAAGUACCUGAUGUAGUGUAUUUUUAUAUUAGUGCGAUGUUCUUCCAUAGCUGUCUGAGAAAACAAGGUGCUGGCUGCACCACCAAAACAUGCAUAAACAGGGUGCUGCUGGGAGCCAAUAAGUAAAAAUGAAACUUUUGGUGCUGACAGAAUUAUUAUUUUUUUUUUUUAAACACCUAAGCUAGGCAAAAAAAAUAAUGGAAGUUUAGUUACAUUAUAUGAUCAUUCACUGGAUAAGCCUGCCACAAUGUCAAUAUACCCUGUCUUUGGCAGGUCCUACUCUAACAGCCAAAUGAGCUACUUACUUGGGGGGGGGGAAUUCCAUCUCGAGUUCUCUGCAGUACAAGGCUGAAUAGUGCAAAACCUAGGAGGUGGCUAGACUCCUAAAUAUAAAUAUAUAAUAAACAAGGGGCUGGCUGCACUCACCAAAACAUGCAUUAAUAGGGUGCUGCUGGGAGCCAAUAAGUACAAUGAAAAUCCAGCGCACUCCCUUAUCUACUAAACGGCAACUUUGGUGCUGACAGAUUUUAUUAGUUUUUUUAAAAGCACCUAAUCUAGGGAAAAAUUUGUUUUUGUUUUUCCCCCCCAAGUAUGUAGCUCAUUUAGCAGACAUUUGGCUGUUAGAGUAGGACCUGCCAAAGAUGGGGUACAUUAACGUUGUGGCAGGCUUAUGCAAUGUAGGAUCAUAUAAUGUAACUAAACCCACAUCAUUUUUUGCCUAGAUUAGGUGGUUUAAAAAAAAAACUAACAAUCUGUCAGCACCAAAGUUGCUGUUUAGUAGACAAGGAAGUGGGCUGGAUUUUCAUUUUAUUGUUCUUCCUUAGCUGUCAUCUGAGCAGACAUGGCUGUCUGGUGGGACCAGGCUUGCUGUACCGAGUCCUGGAUCUCGGACAAAUGUGUCUGUUAUAUACUUUUCAGAGGCCUGCACUUUGCUCUGUGAUGGCUUUUUUUAAUGUCAGUUUUGAUAGGUGCCAGUUCCUUGUGGAAAUCCGUCCAUAAUACCUUCUGGUCAUGUCUGGUCUUUGGCGUUGAGUCAGUGGGGGCUUCUGGUGGCAGUGGUUCUGUGUCACUUGGGUUCUCAGGUCCCAUUUGCUCGUAUGGGUGAGUGUAAGUAAUGGAGCGUGGGGCUUCUAUUAUACAGAACACUGGUGAGACCUCACUUGGAGUAUUGUACACAGUACUGGAGACCAUAUCUUCAGAAGGAUAUUGAUACCUUAGAGAGGGUUCAGAGAAGGGCUACUAAACUGGUUCAUGGAUUGCGGGAUAAAAC